AUGAACCAACUGAAACAAAUCCAUGCACAGACAAUCACAAAUGGUAUCUCUCGUUUCACCUUCAUAACCAGCAAAAUCUUAGCUUUUUGCGCCCUAUCACCACAUGCUAGUGAUUUACACUAUGCGCAGACUCUUUUCAAUCGUAUUCCAACACCCCAUGUCUUUGAUUUCAAUUCCAUGAUACGGGGUUUUUUGCAAAGCUCAAAACCUGAAAUGGGUCUCUUUGUUUACAGAAAAAUGUUAAGUCUUGGCAUUGCACCAAAUGCUAGAACUUUCACGGUUUUAGCUAAGGCUUGUUUUUCUUUAUUUUUGCUUGAUAUGGUUCAUGUUCAUGUGCUUAAAUUGGGACAUAUUUGUGACGUUUUUGUUACUAGUUCUGUUGUAAGUAUGUACGCUAAUUUUGGAUUAAUGGAUAAAGCUUGUGCUGUGUUUGAUGCUAAUUUGAACAGGAAUGUGGCUUGUUGGACUAGUUUGAUUAGUGGGUAUUGUGGUAAUGGUUUUGUUUCUGAAGCGCGCGAAGUGUUUGAUUCAAUGCCUGAGAGAAAUGAUGUUGCUUGUAGUGCAAUGGUUUCUGGGUAUGUGAAAAACCAUUGUUUUAAUGAGGCAAUUGGGUUGUUUCAGGAGUUGAAGAGUUUUGAUAAUGUGAAGCUUAAUGCGUCUCUUUUGGUCAGUGUUCUUAAUGCUUGUGCAGUUGUAGGUGCAUUUAGAGAAGGGAAAUGGGUCCAUGAUUUUGUAGAUAAAAAUCAUUUUGAGUAUGAACUUGAGUUGGGAACUGCAUUUAUCGACUUCUAUGCAAAGUGUGGGUGCAUUGAGAAUGCUUGUGAAAUUUUCAAUAAGAUGGUGUAUAGAGAUGUAAUGACUUGGAGUGUGAUGAUAUUAGGGCUGGCCAUGCACGGGAUGAAUGAUGCAGGACUUGAACUUUUCCAGGAGAUGGAAAAAAGGGGACCUAAACCUAAUGCUGUGACUUUUGUUGGAGUUCUUACUGUGUGUAAUCAUCAAACAUUGGUUAGUGAAGCAUGGCGGUUAUUCAGUCGGAUGUGUAAAGUUUAUGGAAUUCAUCCUCUGAUUGAGCAUUAUGGGUGCAUGGUUGAUCUAUUGGUUCGAGCUGGACUAGUUAAGGAGGCUGAGAUAUUGAUAAAGAGUAUGCCAAUGGAACCUGAUGGAGCUAUAUGGGGAUCAUUGCUACAUGGAUGUGUAAUGCGUGGUCAAAUUGACUUAGUUGAGCGGGUGGGAAGGCUUGUGAUUGAGUUAGAGCCACAACACGGUGGACGGUAUGUCCUUCUAGCCAACAUCUAUGCCUCUAUGGGUUGCUGGGAAGAUGUGAUAAGACUCAGGAAACUGAUGAAAGAUAGGGAAGUAGUCACAGUUUCUGCUUGGAGCUUCAUUGAGGUUGAUGGGGUUUUUCAUAAGUUUGUAGUUGAUGAUAAAUCUCAUUCUCAUCGGGCAGACAUCUACAAAACAUUGAAUUUACUGAGAAAGGAACUUGAAGGUUUCUCUGUUGCAAAUGUUGCACUAUUAAGUUGA